UCUAAGUACCGCCCUCCUGUCCUCCUGUGUGGAUGCAAGUUAAACCUGGCCUUUGGUGAGACAGACUUUCCCUGCCCUCAGCAAGGGCCAGGUCCCCAUGCUUCUGUGGCUGCUGCUACUCAUCCUGGCUCCUGGAAGAGAACAAUCAGGAUUAGCUCCAAAAGCUUUUCUUCUCCUUACUCCUCCAUGGUCCACACACUUCAAAGGACAGAAAGUGACUCUCAAAUGCAGGGAUUCCCGUUAUCCAGCCUGGGGAGAUGUAUCCUGGUAUUAUAAUAAGAAUUUGAUGAGAGAAGAAUCUGGAGAGAUUCAAAUAAAAAAGUCUGGAUAUUACAAAUGCAAGACCCAAGUAUCUUCCUUCAGUGAUCCCGUACAUGUGGAAUUUUUGUCUGACUGGCUGAUCCUCCAGGCUUCCCACCCUGUAUUUGAAGGAGACAAGGUACUUCUGAGAUGUCUGGGGAAGGAAGAAAAGAUUCCUAGUGAAAAGAUUUACUACAAAGAUGGAAAAAAACUUGGUAGUACUUAUAGUACAGAGGCCAUCAUACUAAAUUCAGUUUCCCUGGAAAAUAGCAAAUAUCAUUGUACUGUGUCUAGGAAGGAUUUCUGGAGUUCAUGGAAAGAAACUUCAAAACCUCUAAGGAUCCAAGUUCAAGAGUUGUUUCCGCCUCCUGUGCUGACAGCCAGCCCCUCCCAGCCCAUAGAGGGGAGCCCAGUGGCCCUGAAAUGUGAGACCUGGCUUCCUCCACAGAAGUCAGACACUCAGCUUCAAUUCUGUUUCUUCAGAGAAGACCAGGCCCUGGGGUCAGGCUGGAGCAGCUCCUCAGAGCUCCAGAUCUCUGCCAUAUGGAGUGAAGACUCAAGUUCUUACUGGUGCCAGGCAAAGACAGUGACUCACAGUGUCAUAAAAAGAAGCUUGAAAUCCCAGAUACUUGUGCAGAGAGUCCCUGUGUCUGAUGUGAAUCUAGAAAUCCAGCCCUCUGGGGGGCAGCUGAUUGAAGGAGAAAAUCUGGUCCUUAUCUGCUCAGUAGCCAAGGGGACAGGGACUAUCACAUUCUCCUGGCACAGAGAGGGCACAAUAAGAAUUUUGGGAAGAAAGACCCAGCGUUCCCUGUCAGCAGAGCUCCGGAUACCCACUGUGAAGGAGAGUGAUGCUGGGAGAUACUACUGUGCAGCUGACAAUAUUCAUGGCCCCAUCCUCAGUAAACUGACUAUGGUCACAUUGAGAAUUCCAAUGUCUCGCCCUGUCCUCACCAUCAGGGCUCCCAAGGCCCAGGCUGUGGUAGGGGAUGUGGUGGAGCUUCGUUGUGAGGCCUGGAGAGGCUCUCCUCCAAUCUUGUACCAGUUUUAUCAUGAAGAUGCCACCCUGGGAAGGAGCUCAGCCCCUUCUGGAGGAGGAGCAUCCUUCAACCUCUCUCUGACUGCAGAACAUUCUGGAAAUUACUCCUGUGAGGCUGACAAUGGCCUGGGAGCCCAGCAUAGUGACAGAGUGACUCUCAACGUCACAGUUCCAGUGUCUCGUCCUGUCCUCACUCUCAACCCUGCUGGCACCCAGCCUGUGGUGGGAGAUGUGUUGGAGCUUCGCUGUGAGGCCCAAAGAGGCUCUCCCCCGAUCCUGUACUGGUUUUAUCAUGACAAUGCCACCCUGGGGAAAAUCUUGGCCCCCUUUGGAGGAGGAACAUCCUUCAACCUUUCUCUGACGGCACAGCCUUCUGGGAACUACUCCUGUGCGGCCGACAAUGGUCUAGGGAUCCAAUGCAGUGAGGUGGUAAUGCUCAACUUCACAGUGCCUUCCAGGAGCAAAAUAAUCCUUAUCACUGUGGGAGUCAUCUCGGGGCUGCUAAGUAUCCUUGGCCUUACUGCUACUGCUGCUCUGGUGUGCAAGUUCAAGACCCAAAGGAAAUCAAGAGGACUUUCUACCACUGGAACACCUGGCCUUCUCUGUAAUGCUGCCCUGGCCUUCAUCUUGUGCCACAUCCCUUCUGACACUCUCUUGAAAAACUCACGCAGACUCUUAGAUUACAGUCCCAAUGAGUGUCAGGAACCUUCUUUGUCCAAGCCUUUCAGCACAGACACCCAAGAACCCACUCACUCUGAGCUACCAGCCCUAAUGGAGCUGCAGCCAGUGUACAGCAAUGUGAAUCCUGGAGAUAGUGACUUGGUUUAUUCCCAGGUCAGGAGCACCCAGCCUACAAAAGAACAUUUAGCAAAUUCACCAAGGAUGCAUUGGGAGCACGAGGGAUCCACAGUCAUCUAUUCAGAAGUGAAGAAGACACAUCCAGAUGACUCUGCAGGUCAGGCCAGCAGUGGAGGCUGGGCCCAUGAAGAUGCUACAGAAAGCUAUGAGAAUGUCCCAUGUGCAUCAAUGGCCUUGGACCACUAGCCCUUUACCCAGAGUGACCUCCAGAGACCCUGCAAAUCAGUCCCUGCUAUUCUCCCUAUAUUCUCCAACCAUGCACCCUCUGCCUCCAUGACUCAGCCUCCAAGGAGGCUGGAGGGGACUUGAGGCUGUGUGAAAUAUCUGCCAGCCUCCUCUGUCUCUGGGUCUGUUCAUCUCUAGGAAUAGAGUGGGCGUUUGUUUGAGUAAAUACUGCAUUCUUUUUUCAGUAGACGUACAUAUGAAAGCAAUGCAGGUAGGCCUUCAGCACCUGGGUCCAUGGAAUAGAGGAGGAGGGAGAAAUGACCUGGCCAGAGUCAUAAGGGUGCAACGUAGUCAUUUAAUUGAAGUGUGAUUGAAAGCUUUUAAUGUACUCUCUCUGCAUAAGUAGUUUGAUCUAAACAUUUUUUUUCUUUUGUGCAUGUGUGUUUGGUAGUGGCAUUGCUGAUGUUCUGGUGUAUAUGUUAUGUUCCAGCUACCAAAUUGGAAAUGAUCAAAAGGAUUCAUUCUAUCUACAUAUAUACUAUUUCUUUAUGAAAUAUGUAUUUGAAAAAAAUAGCCCAGUUUAUUUAAAGAGAUAGAGCUUCUAAAUUAUCUGAUUACGUAGUGUUAUGGACUGAGUUGUGUUCCCUCAGAAUUCAUAUGUUGGAGCCCUAACCCCAAUGUGAUGAUAUUUGGAGAUAGGGUUUUUAAGGAGGUAAUUAAGGUUAAAUGAAGUCACGAGGGCAGGCUGUAAUCCAACUGGCCUGGUGUCCUUACAAGAACAAGAAGAGGCACUGGAGAUCUCUCUAUCUCUUGUUGUGCACAUAGAGGAAAGGUUAUAUGAGUACACAGCAAGAAGGCACCAUCUGCGCAGCCCAAGGUGGCCGGAAAGAGAAGUCUCACCAGCAACCAACCCUAUCAGCACCUGGAUCUUCGAUUUCCAGGCUCUAAAUUCUGAGAAAAUAAGCGUCUGAUAUUUAAGCCACCUACUCUGUGGCAUUUUGUAAUGACAGCCAGAGCAGAUUAAUACAGAUUUAUACAUAGAUAUAUAGACGAUAAAUGAUCGGUGAUUAUAAUGUUGAUGAUGAUAAUGAUGAUGAUGGUAGAUAAAUAAUAAAAUAGAUGCAGACAUAUGACACACCUCUCUACCCACACAGAAUUUUUGGUCUUCAAGAUACUUUGGUCUCACAGGAUCAAACAUUCUUCCUACCUGAGGCAGGUUAGUUUUUGCUGUUUAAUUAUUCAACAUCCAAUAUUUGAAGACCACAGAAGCAUCAGCACAAACCCUGUAAGCCCAGUAGAGCCAAUGAUUCACGUGACUCAGAUGGCAAAACUUAGUGUCACUCGGGAGCCCUCAUGACCUGUUCUGGCAGUGGAUAUAGAGAUAGACGCAAGGCAAUCAGUAGGCUCAAAGGAGGACAACCCCUUCUUUUGCUCAAAGACCCCUAAUCCAUUCCUCAACUGACUGACAAACAUUGAAUGUCUACCACUGAAGAGAAAAAAUUUUUAAAGUGUGACUUUGUGCUUAAGUUUCAGGAAAAAUGGCAGAAUAACUUUUAGUCAUAAGAUUUGCUGGGGCAAGAAAUGAAUAACUGAAAUUGUUGGGAUCUAUCACCUAGUGUUACACGCAAAUUUUAUUAGCUCUGAAAACAAUAGAUCUUAAGAAAAGAAGCUAGUAAGUUCACUAAUGACUGAUUUAUAUCAACUGUUAUAAUGUAUGGACGUCAUGGAUUUUACACCAGUCAUUAUUCAUGACUUUAAGUAAAUAACACAACGAUGUUUUGCAAAACUGGAAAAUAGCUCAAGCAUAAAAGUAUUAAGUGUAUUUUAUAUUUUUGGCUUUUACCCUUGGGGGUCAGAAGGUUAGACAACAGAAAGUAUAACAUAUACUUUAGAAAAGUGCAAUCUGAUUUGAGGUUUUUAAUCAUAGGCUUAUGAAUUCAACUAGCAAGCUAAUUUGCUGAGAAAAAAAAACCUACUUCUUUCUUAAAGAGGUCACACAUAUUUUUCUUAUUAACGGGGCUUAUAUGUCUUGUCACCAUGUUACUAGGUACAAAAUACAAUCUGGAAUGUAUGCCUGGCCUUUCAAGGGUGCAAGAGAUCCAGGUGUAAUCUAUAUCUGUGCUUAAAUUUUGCUCCAAAUGCCUCCCCACUUUGGGAUCCAGGAAGAAUAAAGCUGUAUAUGGGGGAGGAGUCAAUAUCACCAAGUGCCAAAUGUGAGAAAUCCAUUUGGAAGAGUGAUGAAAAAGGACAAAUGUUUCUUUAUUGACUUAAGAGAGAAAAUUCCUAAAGGAGAAAGACAGGAUCUAGGCAGCAUCCCAUGGACAGUGAGAGUCACUCUCCAGGAGUGCCAGUCAGUGGUGCAAGCAGCACCAAGGACAGCAGCCUCUAACAAGAAGAGAACCAGCAAAUGGCAGCAAGAGAUGGGGACCAGAGAGACUCUAGAGUGCAUAGAAUAGUUCCGAGCUUAUGAGAGCCUCCCUCCCAGAACUCCAUAUCCAGGUCCUCAAACUGAGGGCAAAUAAUAGUACCUGUAAGCAGUCAGGAAGUCUAAGAAAUAUUUGGGAGAAGAUUCAAGAGAAAAUUAUUUUUUGAAUUAGUCAAGAAAGUAAAUUUGGAGCUUCAAGAUUUGACACAUUACUAUAAUUUCUUUCUUUACAUUAUGUUUAUUUGCUUACAAAUUUAUUGUAGAAUAAUUUAUGUGCAACAAACUGCACAUUUUUAAAGUGUACAAUUCAAUGAGUUUGACAGAUGUAUACAUCCGUGAAACCCCCACCACCACAAUCAAGAUGCUGAAAUCUCCAUCACCCCCCAAAGUUUCCUCAUCCUCUAAGCAAUACUGCUUUCCCUCUACCUCCAUCUUAUGUAAUCAUUGAUAUGCUUUCUGACACUAUAGAUUUCAAUGUAUUUUCUAAAAUGUUAUGUAAAUAGAAUCCUACAGUAUAGACUCUUUUGUGUCUGGAUUCUUUCACUAGGCAAAAAGAUUUUGAGAUUCAUUCGCAGUUUUCAUGUAUGCAUAGUAUAUCCCUUUUCAUUGCCAAGUAAUAUUACAUUGUAUGGAUAUACCACGUUUUGAUUAUCCAUUUACCUAUUAGUGAACAUUUGGAUUAUUUCAUCAUUAUUAAAAAUAAAGCUGCUAUAAAUAUUCAUGUACAAGUAUUUGUGUAAACAUAUGUUUACUGCUUUUUUGUCAUACCAAAGAGUGCAAUUGCAGGGUCACAUAGUAGAUUUAUGUUCAACACUUUAAGAGGCUGCAAUGCUCUUUUCCAAAACGGCUGUACCAUAUUACAUUCCCAUGAGAAGUUUAUGAUAGUUACAGUUGCUCCACAUCCUUGCCAACAAUUGACUUUUUCAGUCUGUAAUUUUAGUCACUCUAAGGAGUAUGUAGUCUAGCACAGUGUUAUCUCAUUAUGGCUUUAAUUUCCCUGAUGAUCAAUGAUGCUGAUUAUCUUCUCAAGUCCAUAUUGGCUCUCUACAGAUCUUUUGUGAAGCAUCUGUUUGCAUCUCUCCCUCUUUUUAAUGGGUUGUUUUCCUUUUUAUUAUUGAGUUGCAAGAGUUUUCGAAUAUAUUCUGGUAUGAUUUAUAAGUUGCAAAUAUUUUUUCCAUUUCCAUAGCUUGCCUUUUAUUUUCUCAAUGGUGUCUUUUUAGAGCAAAAGUUUUUAGUUUUGAUCAAGUCCAAUUUGUCAACUUUUAAAUUUUAUGUGUAUGUUUUAUGUUUCCUAAAGAAGUAAGUACACCCCAAGGUCAAAAGGUCCUCUCCUAUUUGUUUCAUUUUUUUUCUAGUUUUCACUUUUACAUUUAGGUCCAUGUGCAAUUUAAAGUGAAUUUGUGUGUGUGUGUGUGUAUGUAUAGUGUGAGAAAAAAAUGUUCAUUUUUUCCUUGUGAAUAUCGAGUUGUUACAGCAUUAUUUGCUGAAUAAACUUUCUUUUGCCUCUUUCUAA